GUCCCCUGUAUUAAAACACGACAUAAAACAAUAACAAUAUUGUUUAAUUAACUUGAAUCAACAUGUCAAGUGAUAAAUUAUUAAUAUGAUACAUGUUAAUUUGAAUUUAUAAAAUGAUAUGGCAGAAAUUUCAGUAAUUUUGCCAGUUCACAAUGCAGACAAGUGGUUAGACGCCUGCCUGGACUCUGUGGUUAGACAAAGCUUCCCAGGACGCCUGGAACUUUCAGUCUAUUUUGAUGAAUGUCAUGACGGUUCUGAGAAUAUUGUGGACACAUGGGCUCCACGGCUGAAGCAGAGAGACAUUCAGCUGGUGGCCAGCGGUCACCAUGAUGCAACCCCACGAGGAGUUGGUUAUGCAAAAAAUCAGGCUGUACGCCAAAGCAAAGGACAGUACCUUGCAUUUCUUGAUUCGGAUGAUGUCAUGCAUUGUGACAGAGUUGCUGAACAGCAUGCGGCCGCCACCACUCAUCCUUCAGCAAUUGUUGGCUCCCAAUUCCACAGGGAGCCCGAGGGAUCCACGGCACGGUUCACAGACUGGGCUAACAGUCUUACUCAGGAACAACUGUAUACCCAGAUUUAUACGUCCCAUGGUCCUACAGUAAUUAUGCCCACCUGGUUCUGUUCAAGGGAAGUCUUCGACAAGGUCGGAGGCUUUGACGAGGGUGGGAAGGGUGUUCCAGAAGACCUGUUGUUCUUCUACAAGCAUAUAGAGCUGGGAGGCGGAGUGUAUCGCGUAGAUAGGGACCUCCUUAUGUACAGAUAUCACCAAGAGGCUGUGACAUUUUCUAUCUCAGAACAAACAAUAUGGAAUCACAGAGUUAUCUUUCUUGAAAAGCAAGUGUUAUCAAAGUGGCAAGCAUUCACCAUCUGGAAUGCUGGAAAACAAGGGAGAAAACUCUUCAGAUCUCUGACACCAGAAAAUCAGGCAAAGGUUGUGUUUUUUUGCGAUGUUGACAAAAACAAGAUCUCCAAAGGUUAUUACGUCUACGAAGAGUCAAAAUCACAACCCAAACCAAGAAUUCCUGUGAUAAGCUUUAAAGAUGCCAAACCGCCAUUUAUUAUUUGCGUCAAAAUGGGACUUACUGAAGGUGGAUUUGAAAAUAAUCUCGAAUCACUCAACUUGAAGGAAGGUGCAGAUUUUUACCAUUUUAACUAAAGUGUUCAUUACCAAUGUAACAUUACCCAAACAGUAUGGACAUUGGAUGAUAUGCAUCCUCCUGGUCUUAUCUGAAAAGAACACAUAAUUAUAUGAGGUCGCCAGUGGGUAAUGGAUUGUGUUCCCUUAGCUAUCAGUGUGUCUUUGGUUCAAAACCCAUUAGGGAGCAUUCUUGAGAUCUUUUUCGGGCUCUAAGUACCAGUUCUACCCAGGAAACGGACUCAAACGUGUCAAAAUAAUGGUUUAAACUAAGCUUAUGACAAAUCAUGCACCAUAAGGCCGAAAAAAUGCUUUGCACUUCUACUUAAAUAUUGUUAAAUAUAGACGAUAACAAUGAAGGUUUAAGACUUUCCAAGUUAGAUGGCUUCUAAAAGGGCCAACAUGCAGUGUUCUGCUUAUUGAUAAAUUUUGAUAAUCUUUGUCUCAAGGUUGAUCUAGUUGUUGUUGUUUUUUUAAUAAUUAUUUUUAACGAAAUGAACUGUCAGUGAAAGGUUGAUCUAGUUGUUGUUGUUUUUUUAAUAAUUAUUUUUAACGAAAUGAACUGUCAGUGAACUAUGUGCGGAUAUAUCUAUUCUGAUGAUUCUCGUAAAAAUCCUUUUUUAAACUACAGAACAUUAGAGGCCCCUUACAUGAACACAUUUACUCAAUAAAUGUAUCAUUUUCUA